UGCUAAUCUUGUGCAGAGAGCGCUCACUUCCAUUGAAGACGUCUGAAAGGCGGCUGAGAAGGUGAGACCGAGAAGAAGCACAAAGAGCUCCUGGUAACUUCAUCGAUGGUGGAGGAAUCAAGACCAUCAUGGGAAAACCCCAUGCAGUUUGUGCUGGCAUGUGUGUCCUAUGCGGUGGGACUGGGCAAUGUCUGGCGUUUUCCGUAUCUGUGCCAGAUGCAUGGUGGAGGUGGAUUUUUAAUUCCCUACCUCAUUAUGUUGGUGGUCGAAGGAUUACCUUUGUUUUACCUUGAACUGGCCAUUGGACAACAUAUGCGCCAGGGGAGCAUUGGAGCAUGGAGCGCCAUUAACCCUUACAUGGGGGGAGUGGGUAUAGCUAGUGUGGUCGUGUCCAUAUUUCUUGUUGUCUACUACAAUGUAAUUAAUGCCUGGGCGUUUUGGUACCUUUUUCAUUCAUUUCAGGGUACUUUGCCCUGGGCAGAGUGUCCUCUCAGCAGUAACUUCACCACCUACGUUCCAGAGUGCGAGAAGAGCUCGUCUACCGAUUACUUCUGGUACAGGGAGACCUUAAACAUCAGCUCCUCCAUUGAGGAUCAUGGCGGCAUUCAGAUGGGGCAGGCCCUGUGCUUGGUCCUGUCCUGGAUGGUGGUUUAUCUUUGUGUGCUCAGAGGAACCGAAUCCACUGGAAAGGUGGUGUAUUUCACAGCAACAUUUCCAUACUUGGUAAUGAUCAUCUAUUUGAUCAGGGGAGUUACUCUGCAUGGUGCUCUGAAUGGACUGAAGUACAUGUUCACACCUAAGCUUUCUGAUCUUGCAGAGCCUAAAGCCUGGAUCGACGCAGCCACUCAGAUCUUGUUCUCUCUGGGUCUGGGGUGUGGGAGUCUCAUAGCCUUCGCCAGCUACAACCACCACAAUAAUAACUUCGAGAAGCAAGCUAUUGUGGUGUCACUGAUCAACAGCGCGACUUCAAUAUUCGCCAGCGUGGUCACCUUCUCUAUCUAUGGAUUUAAAGCAACAUUCAAUUACGAGAGCUGCUUAGACAGGAUGCAACUGUUGCUAAUAAACACCUUUGAUUUGGCAGAGGACUCCAUAAAAAGAGAUAAUCUGGAUGACUGGAUUUCACACUUAAAUGCAAGCUUCCCUGAUAAGUUUGCCACAAUAUCUUCCCAAAUCGAAGUUUGUGACUUGGAGUCGGAGCUAGACACGGCUGUUGAAGGGACCGGCCUGGCAUUCAUUGUGUACAGCGAAGCCAUUAAGAACAUGGGGCUGUCCCAGCUGUGGUCGGUGCUGUACUUUUCCAUGCUGUUAAUGCUGGGGAUAGGAAGCAUGUUGGGGAAUGUAGCUGCCAUCAUUACCCCGCUCCGGGACUUUGCUUUCCUCACCAGGCAUUUCCAAAAGGAAACAUUAAUAGGGAUGAUGUGCCUGUUCUGUUGCCUUGUUGGCCUCUCUUUCACUACCAGAUCAGGAAACUAUUGGUUUACCAUUUUUAACGACUACGCUGCUACAUUUUCUCUGCUCUUCAUAGUCCUAAUUGAAAUCAUAACCGUCUGUUAUGUCUAUGGACUGAAAAAGUUUGAAAAAGACAUUGAGGUGAUGAUCGGACAUCGACCACACUGGUAUUGGAAAAUCGUCUGGUCUGUCAUUAGCCCAGUUCUCAUAAUAGGGCUGUUCAUAUUUUAUAUAGCAGAUUACAUAAUGGGUGGAACACCAACAUACCAAGCAUGGGACUCAAACCUGGGUAAAACGGUAACAAAGGAACACCCCCCUUUCGCCCAGGCGGUCAUUGGGCUGCUUCUGGUGACCUCCAUGAUGUGUGUCCCUUUGGCGGCUCUUGUCACUUUCAUUAAAAAAAAGAAGGAACAGGCAAGGGAAAGAAAGAUAAGCACCACAGCUAGUUAAGAGAUCCACUCCUGGGACUACGAGGGCAAAAGGCACUUUCCUUUAGAAGCACUGCGGCAUGUGGGAUCAAUUCUGUGCCAAGAUCAAGACCCUAACAGGAGGCCCCUCUGUGUUCAACAACAAGGUGUCUGCGUAAGCAUCAAAGGCCUUGUUUUGACUUCGCCAGCAUUGCUCCUAUCACCUCCUACCCCAUAUUUUCGUUCAAAUUUCCAGCAUCCAUUAAAAAACAUAUCCAGAGCAGGGCUCAGAUAUUCAUUCUUUUACGCUGUAGAAGGCAAAGGUUUCAGUGUUGAGAAGUAAAAUUUAUUUCAGCGUCUUGAAAGAAUUGAACUUGUGAGCCUUAAAUGGGGUUUAACUUAAAAUCUACUUUUAAGAGGUAUUUCCUAACAUAAGUUUUAAUGUAGAGCUGGUUGAAAGCUGUGUAAUGUUCAAGUUUAAAAAUAUCUCUGUAUAUAUACGACUAUAUACAUAAUGCAAAGUAAUACAUAUUAAAAAGGCCUUAAAAUCAAAGCCCAUGUGCGACACUGACUGUCAACCACAGUCUUCAAGUACCACUAAACCAGCGGUCCUCAAAGUAAUUUUGGCACUGGCAUAAAUUGAUCUUACUUGGCUGUUUGCGGGCACGCUGACUAUUGCAUAGGUUCUUAUCUUACACACUGCCUUCUCGCGAUAUGGCACGAGAAGGCAUUCUAAUAAGGCCAAGUCUCGGGUAGUAAUUGUGCGGGCUGCGCUUAUUCUUUAAAUAAUUUACUUUAAAUAGG